AGAUGGAACAAAGUAAAGAAACAAGUGAAACUAUGGAAGUAGAAGAUCCAUGCAUUGUUAACAAAAUUAAACUUACUACUCCAACAUUCAACUUUACCUCUUCUAACACUAGAACAAGUAGUAGUACGGGUAAAAAAAUUAAUGUUGAUAUCAGUGAUGCUAUUUAUAAACUUCCAUUUAAGCAUGGUUGGAAACGAGAAUUAGUAUACAGAACAUCAGGUCAAUCUACUAUUUGUAAUGGUGAUGUAUACUAUUAUUCUCCGACUAACCAAAAACUUAGAUCAUUACGAGAAAUUCAAGAACAAUUGGACAUAUUAUCUGAUGAAGAUCUAACCAUAGAAAGUUUUACAUUUAUAAAAAAACCAAUUGGCAUCAAUGAUCGAUCUAAAGAACUUAUCAGAGAUGCAAAUUCUAAAUUAUCUAAAAAAGACUCUUUUGUUGGUGUUGCUGUUAGACCUAAAAAAUCUAAGACAUCCGUACAGCGGCCACCAUUUGAUAACGAAUUGUCAGAUGAUGAAAACAACAAGUCUUCAAGUAAAAGGAAAAUUGUUUUUAAAAAUACUAAGAGCUCCGCUAGAUUGAAAUCUAAAAAAGGUAAAAGUAUUUCAGAAUCAAUGAGUACAUCUUCAUCUACACCUGAAUACAUAUCUGAAGACUGCCAAGCUACUCAAUCUAGUGUAUCACCAAAAGUUUCUUCUCCAAAACUUGAGAAAAUUGAUAUAACCAACACAAUAAUUAAAAUACGAACAGUGGAUCUAAUGUACGACAAAGAAAUAGACAUGUACAGCAUUUUCAUACUGUGGUUGUUGGUUCUACUGAAUCAGAACAACUAUGUGUUGAACCAAUUUAUAUACGACAGGCGCAUCAAGUGUCAGACACACCUAAUUUGUUUUAUUGAUAGAACACCUAUUUUUAAAACUGAAGAAACUCAUUAUGAAAUUUAUGCAAAACUAAAUGAUUUGAGCAGAAAGAAUUCUGAAAUGAAUGGAUCUUUAAGAAAAAUUGUAACACCUUCCACAUCCAUGCAAUCAUUCAAUUACAUGGCUAUAGCGUUGAGACAUGUUUUUAAAUAUUUGAAAAUGGAUGAGCUUUUAUCAGCUUCUAGAGUAUGUACCGCCUGGAAUAUAAUUGCAAUGAAUAAAACCUUAUGGCAGAAUGUUUGUUUAAAAAAUUCUAUGGUCUAUGACUGGGAAAGAUUUGUAGAUUCAAUUGAUCAACAAUUAACUGAUACAUUAGACACUAGAUGUAUGUUGAUGCCAUCUAAAGCUGAAGACAUCGAAAGUUUUUGGUUGCGAUUUGCAAGGGCAAUGAAGAGAGCACAAAAGUUAAAAUUCAUUGAAUUGUAUAGAUGUCCUGUCGUUGUUGUUGAAGAUAUUAUUUCCUCAUUACCUCAAAUUGAAGUACUUAACGCUACUUCAAUAAAGUAA